AUGGGUCUCAUUAAGGCUGGUCUCCUCGUUGGCGCCGGUGUCUUCGCAGGCAAGAAGCUGAACGAGCGCAAACAUCAGAAGCAGCAGAAUCAGAGUUCCAGUCCUCCACCUGUCCAGGUGCCACAACAACACCAGGAGAAAUUCCCUUAUUACCAGUCUCAGACUCAGAGCCGAUCGCCCGGCUCAGCAGACUCUUACUACAACUCAUAUCCUCAACUCGAGUACCAUCAGCAACAGCGUUCUCCUCAUGAGAAGCCCCUGCAGUUGAACUUUGUGGAGCCCAAGAAGGGUGCUUAUCCCAACACCUAUGCUGGUGAAAAGUCGGCGCAUCGGUUUGCGCUAGACUAG